GCCCAGGAUGGCGGAGAGACCGGAGGACCUGAACCUGCCCAACGCCGUCAUCACCCGCAUCAUCAAAGAGGCGCUUCCUGAUGGAGUAAAUAUUUCCAAAGAAGCUAGGAGCGCAAUAUCUUGAGCGGCAAGUGUGUUUGUGCUUUAUGCAACAUCAUGUGCAAAUAACUUUGCCAUGAAGGGGAAGAGGAAAACGCUGAAUGCCGGCGAUGUUCUCUCUGCCAUGGAGGAGAUGUUGUUGCCUGCAAAACAGGACCAGUGA